CUAUGAAUUUAGUUUGCCUCUUGGCAGUCCUCAUUAUCUUCAUAGGAAGAUUUACAGGAGCGUCAAGACCUGCUGUUGUGAACAUUGGAGCUAUGUUUGCUUUGAGAACUAUUAAUGGAGGAGUCUCAAAGAUUGCCAUUAAGGCUGCUGAGGAGGAUGUGAAUGCCGAUUCCAGCAUUCUUAGAGGGACAAAAAUUUCUGUAUCUAUUCAUGAUUCGAACUACAGUGGAUUUCUCAGCAUCAUUGGAGCACUAAAGUACAUGGAGUCUGAUACUGUGGCUAUAAUUGGUCCCCAAACUUCUGUAAUGGCUCAUAUAAUUUCACAUCUUGCAAAUGAACUACACGUGCCGUUACUGUCUUUCACUGCACUAGAUCCCACCUUAUCAAGCCUGCAGUACCCUUUCUUUCUCCAAACUGCACCAAAUGAUCAAUUUCAGAUGAAUGCUAUAGGAGAAAUAAUUAGUUAUUAUGGUUGGAAAGAGGUGGUUGCACUUUUUACUGAUGAUGAUCAGAGCCGAAAUGGUGCUACUGCAUUAGGUGAUAAGCUUGCAGAAAAAAUGCACAAGAUUUCUUACAAGGCAGUACUUCCACCUGAUCCAACAGCAACUCGAGAUCAAGUUAAGAAUGAGUUGGUAAAGAUUCAGAUAAUGGAGUCUCGAGUAAUUGUCCUACACACUUUCUCUAGGACUGGCCUCUUGGUUUUUGAAGUUGCAAAGGAACUUGGGAUGAUGGAGAGUGGAUAUGUCUGGAUAGCUACUUCUUGGUUGUCCACAGUUUUGGAUUCAAUGUCUCCACUUUCUCAGAAGACUAAAGACUCCAUCCAAGGAGUUCUCACUCUUCGUCCACACACACCGGAUUCACAAAGGAAAAGAGCUUUCAUUUCAAGGUGGCAGAAGUUGAGUAAUGGCACUAUAGGGUUGAACCCUUAUGGUCUAUAUGCCUAUGACACUGUUUGGAUUAUUGCUCAUGCUGUCAAUUUGCUUCUGGAUCAGGGAGGUAGCAUUUCCUUCUCCAAGCAUACUAGUUUACCUCGUUAUGGGGGAGGGACUAUGAACCUUUCUGCAUUAAGCAUUUUUAAUGGUGGCAAGCAGUUGCUGGAAAACAUGUUGCAAACAAACACGACCGGUCUCACUGGUCCACUGGCUUUUCAUUCAGACAGGUCUCCAGUGAAUCCUUCAUAUGAUAUCAUUAACAUUAUGGAAAAUGGAUAUCAACAGGUUGGAUGCUGGUAUAACGAUUCAGGACUAUCUAUUGUGCCUCCCAAAGCACCAUCCAACCAGUCUAGUUCAAACCAACAUCUAGGUGUUGUUGUAUGGCCUGGAGGGACAACAGAUAAGCCUCGAGGGUGGGUUUUUCCAAACAAUAAGAAUCAAUUGAGAAUUGGGAUACCAGAUCGUGUAAGCUAUCGUGCCUUUGUGUCACGAAAAAAUGGUACAGAUAUAGUUGAAGGAUACUGCAUUGACAUUUUCCUUGCAGCCAUAAAGUUGCUUCCCUAUUCAGUUCCACAUAGGUUUGAGCUGUUUGGUGAUGGCCACAAGAACCCAAGCUAUGACGAGCUUGCUAAUAUGGUUGCUUCAGGUAAAUUUGAUGCUGCUGUUGGUGACAUUGCCAUAGUCGCAAACCGAACAAAGAAUGUGGAUUUCACUCAGCCGUAUACAGAGUCAGGGCUAGUAGUGGUGGCACCACUUAGGCGUUCAAACUCAAGAGCUUGGGCAUUUCUGCAGCCAUUUUCUCCAUUAAUGUGGGGUAUCACAGCAGCUUUCUUCCUUAUUGUUGGAUCAGUCCUGUGGAUUCUAGAACAUAGAUUAAAUGAUGAGUUCCGCGGCCCUCCUAAGAAACAGAUUGGCACAAUUUUAUGGUUUAGCUUCUCUACUAUGUUUUUUGCUCAUAGAGAAAAUACUGUGAGUGUACUAGGGCGAAUGGUGCUAAUCAUCUGGCUUUUUAUAGUCCUGAUAAUCAAUUCAAGCUACACAGCUAGCCUGACAUCAAUGCUAACAAUACAACAAUUAUCUUCACCCAUCACUGGAAUUGAUACUUUAAUAACAAGCACCGAACGCAUAGGAUUCCAAGUAGGGUCUUUUGCUCAAAACUAUUUGAUUCAGGAACUCAACAUUCCAAAUGCUAGACUGGUUGCUCUUGGUUCACCAGAAGAAUAUGCAAGUGCCCUUAAGAACAAAACUGUUUCUGCUGUGGUUGAUGAAGCACCCUACAUAGAACUCUUCCUCUCAGAUAAUUGCAUGUUCUCAAUUAGAGGGCCAGUAUUUACCAAAAGUGGCUGGGGAUUUGCAUUUCCAAGAGACUCUCCUUUAGCCAUAGACAUGUCAACUGCCAUUCUCACUCUAUCAGAGAACGGUGAGCUUCAGAGAAUUCACAAGAAAUGGUUAUCAAGAAAGGCUUGUGCAUCACAAACCUCUGACGACUUAUCAGACCACCUUCAACUUCAAAGCUUCUGGGGACUAUACUUAAUAUGUGGCACUGCAUGUGUCAUUGCUCUAGUCAUUCACUUUUCAUUGGCUUUUCGACAGUACCUCAGGCAUUCCCGUGAAGAGGAUCACCAAUCUGAUCUAGAGCCUUCUGGCCAUGGUAGCACAAGUAAUGGUACUACUGCAACACGCCGCCUCACAUUCUUAUCAUUCAUUGAUGAAAAGAAAGAUCAAUCAAAAGAUAACAAGUUGAAAAGAAAACAUGAGGAAAUCAUGCUCUCAUCACCUAAUAGGAAUGGAAUGGAAGAUGAAUCAAGGAAUGUUAGUGCAUCCAGGAGAGUACAAAUGAACAACUCUGAGAUAUUGCAUAAUUCUGAUAAUGAAACUUGGUUAACUAGUUGAAUUUUACUAUUUGUUUUUUUUUCCUGAUCUGAUCAAUGUGCUGCUGAUACUUCUUAUAAUAAAUGAACAAUUUAGAUCU